AUGGUAGGCGUAGGCAAAGAAAAAGGAACGAGAGAAUGUAAAGAAGCUGUUUCGUAUGGGCAAAAGGAAGUUCGACCCUUGGUUGGCCGACCGGAAUUUUUUUUCUCACCGCAGCUCACACAACACACAAUAGUCUUACGUGAUGGAUUUGGUGCAAAGAUCACGCCAACAGACUACAGGAAAGGCCGAAAAAACAAUAAAAAUAAGCACGCGGAAGAUGCUUGUAUUGCCACCCAUCGUGCUAUCCAUACCCCACGGAACCCAAUGCUUCAACUUAAAAAGGCUUAG